CGACUAUUUAGCAAAACUAUGCACCUAUCAAUAAUACCUCGCUCGAUCUGGGUUUUUGCAAAGCUUUAUAGGGUUUAAGAACUAUGGCUCUCUGAGCUUCAUUUGGAAAUCUUCAUUGUUCUUCGACGACUUUGUUUGACUCCAGGCUUAGUCAGAAGCUGAUUUGGGAUUUGAGAUGGCGACAGAGCAUAGCGGUUUAGAAGAUCAGGAGAGCCAACCAAGCCAAGUGGCUCCUGGUUUUGUAGGAGCAAUUGAAGAACAAUACAAAAAACUCAGAGAUCACGCUGAAGCUUAUCCAUAUGUUUGGGGUUCUUAUACUGUUGUCUAUGGUGGUCUUUUCCUUUGGACAGCUUAUAGAUGGAGGAAACUUAGGAGAACUGAAGAUCGAGUUCGUGGUCUUCAGACAAAACUUCGGAAACUCGUCGAAAAUGAACAAGCAGCAGUAACAGCUUCUAAAUCUGCUCAAUCAGUGGACAAGUCUUCUUCAAUUCCCGACAAGAAAACGUCUUAAUUAUGUAACGCUCCGGCUGAAGAAGUGAGUACUUUAACCUGUUUAGCGUUUGCGACUGUGAACCUUUGAUCUGGGCCGUAAUUGGGCCGUGCUUUUCCAACACCUUUGUGUAGGCCAAAACAAGCUCCGUUCUCGAAGUAAUCAUUCACUGAGUAGAAUUUCCAUUGCAUUUGGUCUCCAUUGCUACGUUUCUUCCAAGUUAUCUACAACAAGUUCAAAUUCAAAUGUUAGAUGAGAUAAAAAAAAAGAAAAUGCGUUUUGUGUUUUAGCGUUUUCCAUUACUACUUGAUACGGACCUCUUUGCUUCCGGAUUUUGGUGCCACGAAAUAGUUUGAUUCACUCUUUACACGAGGGCUCAUGCUUCCUCCAAUUGCAUAUUGAGUCCAUCCUUGGUAAUAGUUAUUGGCAA